AUGGCCCAUCGCAAAUGGUCAACGGCUAUUAUUUAUGGCGAGACGUCAGAGCUCAUUUACAAGUUCCUUGUUACGAAACUCAUUGUUGGCAUGCCAUUUAAGGAUUUGGCAACAGACACUUCAAUCUUAUUGCGGAAACUUCCUUCAGCAGAUGAUGUGACAUCACAAAUUGUUAAAAGAUCUGCUGCUGCCAAACUACAUGCUUAUUACAUGUCAAAUGAUUCUGGCCUGUCGAGGACAGCAGAGAGCUCAAUAUUGCGAUCAUUGGUCUUGGAAACUUUGGGGGGCCUUAUUGCUACAGAUUUCUUGGUUCAGUGGAAGAGAUAG